AUGGAUUUGAAACAAUAUCCUAUUUCGAUGGAGUCUUCAGCGUUACAGGGCGCAGUGAAUGUUUGCGUAAAGGUUCAGCGCUGUGAGGAAGCGUGUACAACAUAUGAGCCCACGUCCGCGGAAGUGUCUGUGAAGGUUGAGCCGCUGGAUGAUGUGUAUGUAAAGGACGAGUCCAAACGCGAAUGUGUAUACAUACAAGCUGAGCCAUCGUACUCAGAUGUGAGUGUAAAAGACGAGUCGGCCGGCGUGAGCGCGGCGACGGGGCUGUACUCCGAACACGCCGUUAAAGAUGAGCUCGUGCUCGGCCCCGUGCUAGUGGAGCGGCGCGUGCGCCACGCACCAACAGCUUUCAACACAGAUAUUGAAGUCAAGCAGUCACGUGAGCUUGUCCCAGAGAGCACAGAUGGACACAGCCAAAGACAAGUUCAGGAACCUGGCGUAGAGGAACUUAGGAACACCAAAGUUGGGAAAGCUAAAAGAAACAAACGAGUUGUGACGCGGCCAUUGCGGGAGAUGGAGACGAGUGCUGACGCCGGCAGCAUGUCGCCGGCGCGCGUGAAGCAGGAGGCAGAGACGGACCGGUCGGAAAUGCCCCUUAUUAAGGAGGAAGCCGGAUUUAUGUAUGAGGCGCGUGUGAAGGAGGAGUGUGAGGACAGCACAGACGGGUGCGGCGUGAGCGAGGCAGCCAUGCUGGCCGGCCUGUACGACGAGCACGUGGUCAAGGACGAGCUCGUGCUGGGGCCGGAGCGCCCGCACCGCCCCACAGGCGCCCCGGUGGUGAGAGCGCCCACUCUUGUCUCCUCUGCUGUGGUGUCGGGUCGGCGCCGCUCGUGCUCGGUCAGGCUGGAGCGCCUGCUGGUGGACGCGGAGCGGCGCACCUGCCGGGUCGGGCGCCGCACAUACAAGCUGCACGCCACCGAGCCCGCACCCACACCCCAUGUCACCACCGCCAUCUCUCAAUGUCACCAUUGCGGCAAACGGUUCAGGAGCAAGUCGGUUUUGAAGAAGCACGUACACACUCACUUGCCUUUACAUAAUUCAACCGUAGGGGAUUAUGGUUUAGAACGACAUCAAAUGCUACACGGUGACAAAAAACUGUAUGAAAAGGCUUACAUGAUUAUACACACAGGCGAAAAGCCUUUCAGGUGUACAUACUGUGGCUACGAGAGUAGUAGAAAAUCUAAUUUACGGACUCACCUGACGACUCAUACAGACGAUAAGCCUUUCAGGUGUACACACUGUGACCACAAGUCUAGAACAAAAGCACACUUGCGGACUCACCUGAUUACUCACACAGGCGAGAAGCCUUUCAGUUGUAGUCACUGUAGCUACAAGUGUAGAAGUAAAGCAGAUUUACAGACUCACCUGAUGACUCACACAGACGAGAAGCCUUUCAGUUGUAGUCACUGUGGCUACAAGUGUAGAAGUAAAGGCAAUUUACGGAGUCAUCUGAUGACUCACACAGACGAGAAGCCUUUCAGUUGUAGUCACUGUAGCUACAAGUGUAGAAGUAAAGCAGAUUUACAGCGUCACCUGAUGACUCACACAGACGAGAAGCCUUUCAGUUGUAGUCACUGUGGCUACAAGUGUAGAAGUAAAGGAAAUUUACGGAGUCAUCUGAUGACUCACACAGACGAGAAGCCUUUCAGUUGUAGUCACUGUAGCUACAAGUGUAGAAGUAAAGCAGAUUUACAGACUCACCUGAUGAUUCACACAGACGAGAAGCCUUUCAGUUGUAGUCACUGUGGCUACAAGUGUAGAAGUAAAGGAAAUUUACGGAGUCAUCUGAUGACUCACACAGACGAGAAGCCUUUCAGUUGUAGUCACUGUAGCUACAAGUGUAGAAGUAAAGCAGAUUUACAGCGUCACCUGAUGACUCACACAGACGAGAAGCCUUUCAGUUGUAGUCACUGUGGCUACAAGUGUAGAAGUAAAGGAAAUUUACGGAGUCAUCUGAUGACUCACACAAAAGAGAAGCCUUUCCGUUGUAGCCACUGUGACCAAAAGUUUCGAUUAGCAGAUUUACAGGCUCAUGCGAUGACACACGGACGAGAAGCUUUUCAGGUGCACACGGUGACCACAAGUUAAGAACAAAAGCACCGUUACGGAAACACCUCAUGACUCACACAAACGAGAAGCAUUUCAGGUGUACUCACUGUGCGUACAAGCGUAGUAGAAAAUCAAAUUCAUGGAAACACCUGAUGACUCACACAGACGAGAAGCCUUUCAGUUGUAGUCCCUGUGGCUACAAGUGUAGAAGUAAAGCACAGUUACGGACACACCUGAUGACUCACACAGACAAGAAGUCUUUCAGU